AUGGAUUACAGCGCCCACGACCCGGACCACCCCGGCGGCCGCGACCCAUGGGCAUCUUCGCCUCAGGCCAACCGAACGUCCUUUGGCCAACCGUCAGCCAACGAUAUCCCCUCAUCCCCGCUGCCUCCGCAGGCUUCCCCGUACCAUGAAGGUGGUGAACAGUAUGGCUACAUGGGCGACCAAGAUGCGCAAAGUCGACCAGGCACAGCGCCAGAGAACGGCGACCAUCUACAGCAGCCUCAGCAGCCGGGUCAAGAUGCGCCGAGGUCACCACAUGCACAGCAAGGUCAGCAACAGCCGCAGAGGUACCACGGGAAUAGACCGCAGCGACAGCAGCAACACUACAAGCUUCAGGCCAAGGUCACGGGACUCGAGAGGAAUAGCAAGAAGGACCCUAUACUGCGAUUCGAUGUUUACACGAACCUACCCAAGUUUCGAACGACCCAAUUCCGCGAUGUCCGACGUCUACACUCCGAAUUCAUAAAGCUAGGCGAGCACCUCAUCUCAGCUUGUCCCGAAGCCAUCGUGCCUGCAGUACCGCCAGCGACCACCUCGGCCGGCGCAGGCACCGACGAAGAUGAGGCACGCUUAAAGACGUCGUUACAACGGUGGUUAAACAUUGUGUGUAGCAAUGACAUCCUGAUACGCGACGAAGAAAUGGUCUUCUUCGUCGAGAGCGAUUUCGGAUACAGUCCUGUCGUACGGAGGAAACAACCUGCCACUGGUGUGCGCCGUAAGAUGAUCAAGCAAUUUGCGCCGCCGCCAGAUGACACCCCAGAGCUUGCUGCAGCACGACCAAUUGUGAAAGCUUUCUAUCUGGGUACAAUGGAGGCUGAGCAGAAGCUGGAGAAGGUUGUAAAGCACAGGAGAAAUCUGGGUGUUGCAGAGUCCGACCUCGGUGCCAAGUUCGCGGCGCUACACGUCCAGGAGACGCACGUUGGUCUCUCACAUGCAUACAAGAAGCUUGGAAAAGUCAUUCAGGCCACCGGCGAUUACCACGCAGCUCAGGGUACUGCUGAAGCCACAACUCUUGGUGACCCUCUACAGUACCAUAGCAGCGACGCCUUCAUCGCAAAGGAAACCCUCACGAAUCGACACAUCCUCUUACGCGAGCUGCUCCAGGCACAGUCCGCGACAAAGUCUAAGCUGUCUGCGGCUGACAGGUUGAAAGCCAGCUCUAGUGUAAAACGGGACAAAGUCGAUGAGGCUAUCGCAGCUCUAGAUGAAGCACGGAGUCACGAACAGUACCUCACGACGAAAGCUCAGCGCGUUACCGCCAACCUCCUCCAAGAGCAGCGUAAGUGGUUCAACAGAACCACACAAGACAUGAGACAGGCAAUUCGCGAAUACGUCGUACGAGAGAUUGAGGCUGAGCGCCGUACGCUUGCCACAUUAGAAUCUGUACGGCCAGACAUUCGAGCUAUCGAUGGUAGUGGUGGCCUUUCUCGACUGGGACGCGAAGCACACCCAGCUCAACGCCGUGUUUCCAUGGCCAGUUCGCAAGGUCCCAAGGGCGAUGCAUGGUCUGGCGUACCACGGCGACCAGGUGAUGGCCUCAACCGUAGCAUGAGUGGCAGCAUCGUUGCUCCGUUACCCGAGGUCGAUGAGAACGCGGAAGAGUCAGUGGGCGGCAGGAAGCGUGCGACAAGCAAAGCAGGCAGCCAGAAGGGGCUCGAAGAAGAUGACGAUCGCAUCGACGCAAAGAAUGCUGCAAGUAGAUUGGCCACUACGACGUUCUAG